CCUGGGCAAGUUGUGAGAGGCAUGUGAGAAGGAUGUGUGUGCGUCGGAACAUCAUGAAAUGAGCGUCAUGGUGUCGAUCACAGACUUCAUUCAACAUGGCUCGUCGAUCUGUCAUGAUCGAGGGCGGUCGUGCAAAUGGCGAUGGACCGCCACCUUCGACGCUGGCGGCGCAGAUGGUGCAGAAUCAGACGCGGCCUGCUACAGAUGCCAAACCGGGUGAUGAGACCACAUUCAAGAACCUCCUGCGGGAUAUUCUCUACGAUGAUGGUGCUCAACAAGAGACUGACGUGGUGGUCAAUGCCCAGCUCAUUCACGUCGUCGCACAAGUCGGACUGACGCCGCUUGCUACCGGAAAUCCAUUCGCGGACGUAGAUGCCGCUGUAGACAGUCUUAAAGUCAUUGAACUGACAGUCAAACGUCAGCCAGAAGUGCUCUUCACUGCCCUUGUUUCUGAAGGUCCCCCUCUGCUCCUCGAACUCUUGGCUUCUCUGGUUGUUCUGUACGGUCGACCGAGAUCACAGGAACUAGCCAUUACACCUGCGAUUCUGUCUCUGAUCACAUCGCUGAGUGCCUCGACAGAAUCGUGGCCAAAGACUCGACAAUUACGAAGUGUUUUGAUAGAUUGCGUUGAUGAUGCAAUUUCAUCGCUCCAGUACUUGAAGCGCUCACUCUCUCCACCCUCCAUUGAAUUGCCUCCAGCAAGGAGCAUAUCGCGACUAUGGCGCCACGCAAGUACAUUGAUCACUCUUCCUCAUGGGACGCGCUCAACAGUGACAGCUCCAGCAAGCAUGUUCCUCAUCGCCAUAGAGUUGUCACGUGUGCUUAGCAUCGAGAUCCGGUGGCAACAAGACAUCUUCGUCCAGUUGAAUCGAUUGCUCCCUUGUGCAAGAGCUUGGCUCGAAAAGGCUGGCGCAUGGGACCGAACACUAGAUGUUUUGCUAGAGCUGCCGUCCGCCACCCUUACUGUCAAAUAUCUGAUCGACGACACUGCAAUCCUAUUAUCCUCACCUAAUUUGCAAAAGCGGAUCGCCAGUGUAUUGAUGGGGGGCAUCAAGUGUGACGCAUCGGCAAACGCUGGUUUGAUUAUGGCAUCUUUACACAAUCUGGGCGCUGCUAGCACUUUUGCGACUCUUCAUGAAGACCUCAGGAUUGCUGUGACGACGUGGCUUUGCAGGUUUGAGGCUGAGUCGAAUGCUCCUCAUGCCGUGGCUGCACUUCGCGAUGGUCUUCGCAAUCAUGAUGAAAUGACGGACAGUGAUCUCCAAGCACCGUUUCAUCUUCUCAGCAUUAGCAUAUAUGACAAUCAGACCUUUGGAUCCCGCAACAAGCGACGAAGAAUACGUCAGGCAGACACCGAUAAAGUGUCCCAAUCGAUAACGGUGGCCACCAGCCGCCUGCUUGCUACGGUAGGUGGUGAGAGCCUGUCACAGCUGCAAGAAGUGGUCCCGGCCGUAUACACCAAGCUCACGGAAGAUUCCAAAUGUACAGUCUGGCAGGACCUGACCACCCUAUCGGACAACGCGAUGCCUGAAGCUAUCCGUAUUGUUUGUCAGCUUUUCGAGGUUCCCGAGCUGAAUCAGAGCAAGGAGCCUCGCAUCUUGUCAAUGUUGGCAUUGAGAGCAUGCGCACAAACAACCAAGGAUCCUGUUUUACUCGACCUCAAAAGCACAAAUUUCGGGAAAGCCUGUACCAUGGCUCUGCACAGCUCGAUACGUGAGCUUAGAGUGGCCGCAGCAUAUACAUUGCCAUUGUUUCUAAGAGAUGAUCUCCCAGAGCCAUUGCGAUCCGAGAAUCGACAGCUGGCUCUGGAGUUUUUGCGUUCCCUAUCUGAUCGUGAUGCUGCGAACGAACAAGAGACUCUCAUCAUGGCCUGGGGUCAAGUCGCACUCUCGUGUGGCGAGAAGGAACUCAAUUUGGUUCUGCUGCGCUUGGUGGAAUAUCUUGGUCAUCGCAAUUCACAUGUUUGUGCUGUAGCUGCUACGGAGAUUGAAAAGCUUGCUACCAUCAGCCAAAAGAGUGUCCUGGACUUGCUGCGCCCUUUUUGGCGCUCGAUUGCAGUCUCAGUAGCUCGUGACCUCCUAGUGAAGCCACAGAAGGCACAGCAGCUUGUUGAUCUUCUUGAGAUGGAUCUGAACGCUUUCCUACUUUUGACAGAGAGGGAGACGGUGCCCUCACUCGUUCUCUCGAAGAAUCGUGAUGUCUUGCAGAAGAUUGCUACCGCGAGGGGCAAAGGCGCCACUAUCCAAGAUGUCUGUCUUUACCCUCGAACCAACCUGGCAUCAAUCCUUACUCUUAUACUCUCUCAGCCAGUCGCUGAUCCGGAGGAACUCGUCAUUCGAUGCCUACAGGAAGUUGCUCCGAGUCUCAAGGGAGUGGACGUUUCAGAUCUAAUUCAAGCUGAUCCAGCAAUAGUAGCUUGCGAGAUGCUGAAAUAUUGUAGUGCAGAAAACGAGGCUAGGAAGGCAAAAGCGCAUCAGACAUUUCGAUUGUUCGCCGCCAUCGCGGGACGAACUUCAGGGCAACGUCGAUCCUCCUUAAAAUCUGAUCACGCAAUGAACGAUCUAUUCGAGAGGAUGAUACUGGGGAUUCUUUUCCACUUCUCCGAAGCUCUCGAGUCUAGCUCGCAAGCUAGAUUCGAGAAGGUGCGUUCUCUAGGAGGUAUUGCAGAGAUGGUUAUCUUGACAAAGGGCCAAGUCUCGCUGGCUCUGCCACAGAUACGGGCUUGUCUACAAUCUGGCAUUGAGCAAGAUGCGCUUCGUGACGCUGCAUUCGAAGCUUGGCUGUUGGUCCUUUCGGCAUUGCAUGCUGAGGACAUAACACGCAUCGUGGAUGAGACAUUCGCCCUCAUCGUACAACACUGGACAGCACUCUCGACAGUUGUGCAUGAAAAGAUACACAAUUCGAUAAGUCUCCUCGUGAAGGCUCAUAACGAGGUACUGCAGGAUAACAUCAUGACUCUACCCUCACUCGAAGGUAUACAGAUGCUUGCCAAAUUCGCGGCCGAAUUCAAGCGGCUUAAGGCCUUGGAAAGCACCGAAAAUCACUUCAAGGCGUUUUCAAAACGGCUGAGAGUAGACAGCAACACGGUUGUGCUCCGAGCUCUGCAUGAAGUCGUGCCUUUCCUGGAGGCCGAGCAACAAUUCAUUCACGACAAUGCGACAAGUGAGAAUCCUGCGCCAACAUUCUUUGAGUUUCUCCGGGCUCUGCUCGAUACUACGGCAAAAAUGUCAAAUGUGGACACCACUGCUGCCGAGCUGUGUGGCAAAGCGCUGGGUAUCGUAGGCUGCUUGGAUCCAAAUCGUAUUGAAACCACGAGGAAGGAACGGACUGUGAUGGCCCUUUCGAAUUUUGCUGAUGCAGAUGAAGCAGUCAAAUGGGUCGUUGCAUUCCUGGAAGAAGUUCUUGUCAAGACUUUCAAAUCUGUCACAAAUCCUCGAGCGCAAGGAUUUCUGGCCUUCGUCAUACAGGAACUUUUAGCCUUCUGCAAGUUCAGAGAAAUGGCAACGGUCCGAACGCGCUCAUCUCAGGACUUGAUUGCGAAUCAGCAAUGGAUGGAAAUGCCAGAGCAUGUGCGCAUCACAUUGACACCAUUGUUAACGUCCAAAUACUCGAUAACCGCUGCCCCUGGUGUUAAUCCUCCGAAUCGAAUUUAUCCAAGCUUUUCCCCCGACGUGACCCACAGCCAGUGGUUACGUUCCUUGACAUUUGAUCUGAUGCUGAGGGCAACAGGAGACAAUGCUAAGAGGCUAUUUCUUCUCCUCUCUCGCACGGUGCGCACUCACGAUGCCAUUGCAAGCUUUCUCUUACCAUAUGCUGCGCUGAACCUCAUCUUGGGCGGAACAUCCACAGAAUCUCAAGGCCUGUCUUCGGAAUUCAUUGCCAUAUUAGAGUGCAAGCCAAACCAGACCGCACAAUGGGAGGUCACAAGACUCUGUAGUGAGAGCGUCUUUGCAGUCCUGGACUACAUGUCAUCAUGGCUUCGAGAAAAACGACUGGCCCUGAUCGCCAUGCGGUCAACUGCUUUCAAGGCCGGAAUAUCUCCUAAUGAGAUCGAGGAGAUCCAAAGCAUGGGCCAAAUUGAGACUGUUGAGAAUUUCAGCAAAACGAUUCCAGCUGUGACAAUAGCUAACCGAGCCAUGAAUUGUGGCUCGGACGCCCGUGCUCUAUUCCAUUGGGAGCAUCAUAUUCGGCAAAAGCGUUCUUUAGUUCCCAAUAACCGCCUACCGAAGGCAGAUGAGGAGCUCUAUGAAAGAUUGUUAGACAUAUAUUCCCAGAUCGACGAGCCAGACGGCCUGGAGGGCAUCUCCGCUCAUCUGAAUGUGCUUACCGAGGAGCAACGAGCCAUCAACCAUAGCAAAGCUGGUCGUUGGACUGCAGCUCAGGCUUGGUAUGAGCUCAAACUGGCUGAUGAACCUCUCGCGGAAUCUGUGCAGACUGAUGUGCUUCGCUGUUUGCGCGAGACAGGGCAGUAUAUUGCACUUCAAAAAUAUGCAGACAGUUUCCGCAAGACGGGAACUAAUCUCGCGUCCCCAUCUGACCGGAGUAACAUACAACUAGCGCUGGCUGUCGAAGCAUCUUUCAUGAAUGCAGAUUUUGCGAGCCUACGCGCUUACGUGCCGAGCACCGCAAUCGAAUCUGAACAGAGUGCCAACGUAGGCAUUGCAAAGAUCUUGCUCAGUGCACACGACAAACCUCACGAGUCACUUCUCGAAGACAUUCGCAACUUACGUGGACACAUCACAAAGGGAUUGUCGUUCGGUGCUACAAGCUCGUUGCAGACAUGCCACGAUGAGCUCUCUCAACUGCAUGUACUUUAUGAGAUUGAAACCCUGGCAAACAUCGUCCAAUUGGAGGCACCCAAGCUCACGCAACGUCUGAGCCGGAGGUUGGCUGCAGUCGGGUCAUACUCACAAAAUAAGCAGUAUAUUCUCGGCAUACGUAGAGCAGUGAUGGGACUUCGAGGAGAAGUAUUUCCAGCGCAAAGUAUUGGAGCCGCUUGGCUCGCCACUGCUCGACUGGCACGUCAAACGAACAACGCAAAGACUGCGCACGACGCGGUCCUGAAGGCUUUUGAUCGAGGAGAGAAGGGUGCGAAGCUCGAAGAGGCUCGUCUCUUAUGGCAGAAUGGACAUCAAAGACAAGCCAUCUCAUUGUUGGAUUCUGCUAUCAACUCAGGUGUCCUUGCGGAUCUAGACGAAGGUUCCUAUGAGACAACGGCCGAGAGCACCAAUGUUCACGGUAAAGAGCAGAACUUGGUCAAGGCGAAAGCUCUGCUGCUGCUCGCGAAGUGGCUUGACGCCUCGGGACAGAGCCAGACAAAGGACAUGACGGAAAAGUACCAAAUGGCGGCAAGGCAAUUCCAACGAUGGGAGAAGGGUCACUACUAUCUCGGGAAACAUUACAGCAAACUUUUGGACGCACAGAAGGCUUUACCGAUAGACAAGCGCUCGCAUUCGUACGAAAGCGGUGAAAUGGCCAAACUGGUCAUCGACAACACGUUGCGUUCUAUUCCCUUCGGCAAUAAAUACUGGCAUGAGACUAUUCCGCGAUCGCUGACUUUAUGGCUUGAGUUGGGCAUGAGCUGUAUGUCGAAAGCGCCCAAAGAAGACCAGGCAAUGUUCGAAAAGCGCACUAAGUCAUUGCAGUUGUGCAAUCGACAGCUGCAGAAGUAUUUUGAUCGUGUGUCUCCUUACGUCUUCUAUCCCUCACUGUCACAACUCAUAUCUCGCAUCACGCACCCACAUCCCGACGUAUGGAAGCUGCUGAGCAACAUCCUCAUCCGCAUAGCUUCGAUGCAUCCGAGCCAGGCGCUGUGGAGCUUCUUCGCGGUUGUGAAAUCUCGGGACACUGUUCGGGUCAGUCGAGGCACGGAGAUUCUGCUCAAGCUGAAGGAUCCAAAGAACAAAUCUUUGAAGACUGAAUCCAACAACAUUAACCUGGGCGUUAUGAUCACACAGGGCCAGAAACUUUGCGACGGCCUCCUGCAAGCCUGCGAGACGCCUGUGGAACCUCGCGCUUCCAAUGUCAGACUUGGCAGGGACCUCAACUUCAAUCAUAAAUUAGCGCCGUGUCAACUGGUGGUACCGGUAGAGGCAACACUGUUAGCCAGUUCCCCGAGCAUGACCGAUGUCGAUUCUAUCCGGCGCCACAAGGCAUUCACGCAAGAAAAGAUCACUAUUCAAUCAUUUGCCGAAGAGGUUCUGGUGCUUAGCUCACUCCAGCGGCCAAAGAAAAUCACCGCGCGCGGGUCUGACGGCAAGAAAUAUGGAUUGCUCUGCAAGCCAAAGGACGACCUACGCAAGGAUCAACGGCUAAUGGAAUUCAACGGUAUCAUCAACCGAGCACUAAAGCGGGACGACAAGAGUAGCAAGCGCCGACUGUAUAUCAAAACCUACGCUGUUACGCCCCUCAGCGAGGAAUCCGGCACGAUUGAGUGGGUGGAAGGCAUCAAGCCCAUUCGUGACAUCCUCCUCGGUAUCUACAAUCGCAAGGGCAUUCGUCCUGAUUAUACUGGGAUCAAGCGGGAUCUGGAAGAAGCCUGCAAGGGCCCUAAACAUAUCCACAUCUUCGAGGACAAGGUGCUUUCCGUCUUCCCACCUUCGAUGCACGAAUGGUUUGCCGAAACAUACCCCGAGCCCGAUGCAUGGUUCGCGGCGCGGCUCCGCUAUGCGCGCUCAGCCGCGGUCAUGUCAAUGACUGGCCACAUGCUAGGACUCGGCGACCGCCAUGGCGAGAACAUCUUGCUGGAGGAGAGCACCGGUGGUGUAUUCCACGUUGACUUUAAUUGCCUCUUCGACAAAGGCUUGACCUUCGAGAAACCCGAACUGGUGCCAUUCCGCCUGACGCACAACAUGCAGGAUGCAAUGGGCCCCUACGGCCACGAAGGGCCUUUCCGAACCUCGUCCGAGCUGACCAUGGGCCUCCUGCGUCAGGAACGUGAUACUUUGAUGACGGUACUAGAGACGUUCCUGUACGACCCGACGACCGACUUCAUUGGCAAAAAGAAACGAUCGCUGGCCGGUGUGCCAGAGACCCCGUCCGAGAUCUUGGAGAGUGUGGCAACGAAACUCAGGGGCUUACUUCGUGGGGAGACUGUGCCUUUGAGUGUGGAAGGCUACGUUGAUGCGCUGAUUCAGCAGGCGACUAGUCAUGCCAAUCUGGCGGGCAUGUAUAUUGGUUGGUGUAGUUUCCUUUGACCGUAGAUGGACCGUCUCACGAAUACCACGCACCGCUUUUUCCCG